AUGCCCUUCCUACGCGGGGCUCGUCCAUCUCAAGCCGGGCAGGCGUCUGGCCGUCACACUGGCCACCCGGCACACGUGAUUACCCUCAUCGAAGGUGCUGCUCUUCCGGCUGGGCCGCCUCAUCCUCGCAGUGCACGUCAUUCCUCAGGCCGUGGUUCAUCCCCAGGCUCCUGCGCGCUCUGCAACCCUGUUUUCCUGUUCGCAGGUGCUGCGCUGACCUCAGCUUCAGCUGCUGCCUGCCGGAACGGCGUCUUUCAUGAUGGCGCCGCCUCUUCCACUUACUUAUUUCUCUUCCACGGACGCGGCUCAGUCCGUGGGUUUUUUGGGGGUCAUAUCUAG